CCGGAAGUGGCUGUGCGGUCAGUUAGAGCAGGGUGGAAGCGCUUGUACUAAAGUAUAAUUUAUGCACUGAUAUUCCGUUUAUUUUUAUAAGGUUGUCGGUAAACGUGCAGCUGUCUCUGUGUGUAUUUUCUGUUGGCAUGAAUCUCGGAGACGGUCUGCUGUUCGAACUUGAAAAUGGAAAACCCCGGUUGAUUUUACUCAGUCACGGUGCUGAUAAAAAAACAGUAAAGCAGCCUCCCUACAAGCCCAGAGCAGCCAACGUCUUGAGCUGCAGGCAGCCGUCCUGUGUGGAGGAGGUACACGCAGAGGAGCGUCCACCUAGGCAGCUGGCAGGGAGGCACAAAGAGGCCAAGCAUAAGGCUGGAGGAGCUGCUGCCUCAUGCACCUCCAACACUGAGUGGAGGAGCACCACCUUGACUUCAUUAAAGUCACAGGAUCAUCCCAAAGGGACUGGAGUUAAAUCAGUGCCUAAGGGGAAAGCAGACAGACAAAAACACACCGGUACUGUUGGAUCCCAGAGAGUCAAUGGCAAAACGGCACAGAGCAGCGGGAGUCAAGAUGGCAGAAACGCGGGACGUAACGACGCGCUGAGCGGUGGAGACGCAGGACUGAAGGACAGCGUGGUGUGUCUGACCAAUGAGCAGCUCCAGCAGAUCCUCAGCUCUGUCCAGGCGUCCAGCAACAACCAGCAACCAGCAGAGGAUCAAAGGACGCAAGGAAAUGAGGCUAGCUCAAAAUGUGACUCCUUGGGGAAUGGAGGAGGAGGAGGAGGAGGAGGAGAAGAGGAAGAAGACAGAGGAGGAGGCUCACAAGACAAACAUGACAGGCCGUCUGGAUGUCUGCUGAGCUGGAUGGAGGGACGACAGUUAGACGACAGGAAGGCCAUCGACGCCAAGAAGGCUCAGUGGAAGAGAGAACUCGAUGAGCAGGUGGCUCUGAAGCAGCAGCAGCAGCGUUCAGCCCCUAGCAGACUGCAGAUGGAGGAGGAUACUCAGAGUGUGUUGUCGGUCCAGAGCUCAGUCAGCCACAGGGAGCAGCCUGCAGCCAUCAGAUCCAGCCUCCGACUCGGGGAGGUCAGUCCCAUGGAGGAGGUGCUGAGUGUCGAGAGGAAAGAGGAGCAGAGGAGACGCUGGCUGGAGGAGCUGGACCGUCAGAGAGAGGAGACGAGUGAACGCAGGCGACGGGAGAAACUGCUGCAGAAUCAGACGGAGGACCACGAGCUCUGGGCCACACACUUUGACUCGCUGCAGAGGAGGCCUCUGGUCCGGGCUGCAGCUCCGUCAGCUCCUCCUUGUGGCUCCGAGCGAGGAGAGUGGGAGCCCUCGUCCAGUCUGUCGCUGUGGGAGGCCACGAGCAGCUUCGGAGCGGAGAGCGUCGGGGCAGCCAGCAUUGAUACAACCAGCGGAUACCCGGCCAAAACCAGUUAUCUGAGGACCAUGACCUCCCUGCUGGACCCUGUCCAGAUAGAAGAGAGAGAGAAGAGGAGGCUCAAACAGCUGGAGCAGCAGCGGGCGAUCGAGGCCCAGAUGGAGGAGCGUCGACGGCAGAAGGAGCAAGAGGAGGCGAAGAAGAGGCAGGAGGAGCAGGAGGAAGAGAGGAGGAUAGCGCUGGAAAGAGAGAUGCUGCAGAGACAGUACGAGCUGGAUGCACUGAGGGAGAGACAGAAGGAGCAGUCGGUCAAUGAAGAAGAGCAGCCAAAAACAGGUCAUGAUGAUGUUAGAGUGCAGGAAACGACGGAGCCCAGCGUUACCGCCCGAGCCGAGGGUUUGGAGGACACCGACAGUCCGGCCUCUUCUUACAGAGACACAGCUGUGCAGACGGAAGCAGCUCCCAGUCUCCCGCACAGAGAUGAGACUCCGGACGUCCUCAGCGCUCGACUCCAGCCGCCUCCGAGCGGCCGGAGCCGAGCUCUGAGGACGGGGAAGGAGAACGUCUGCGUGUCGGCGGGAGGUGACCCGUACGAGGCGUUUGCCAGGACGGAGAGGAACAGGAGAGACAAGAGGAGGCCAGAGUGGAACACGCAGAGACCCAGCCGGCGUUUCGUCCCGGCCUCGGAGCGCUACCCAGCUGCUCUGCAGAGGAACAGGCAGGAGAGUCGACUGAAGAGACAAGCUGAGCUCCUCGCUCUGCAGGAGAGGACCUGUCUGUCCAGGACUGACCCUCCUCCUCCUCCUCCUCCUCCUCAGCAGCAGAACGAGUCUCGUCUCGGCCUCUCACAGACCAGGACCAGUCCCAGCAGGAAGGUGGAAACUGGCACCAACGGACACGACAACACCAGCAACAACAACAGUGAAAGGGGGCGCUCUCCUCCCAUCCCUGCAGCCAGACACAGAAGUCAGGGUCAGCUGGCCUCCUCCUCUCCUCCUCCUCCUCCUCCUCCUCCUCCUCCGGUCCUGGAGUUCGUUCCUUACGUGCGGACGGAUGAAGUCUUCAGCCUGGACCCCCUGGAGCCCGCGGACACCCCUCCACCUCUCACUCACUCAGCUCCUCCACCUCCACAUGGGCACCACCACCACCACCACCACCACCUCCUCCACCCAGAGCUGCUGCGAAACAAACAAACCCUCCGGCAGCAGGAGAUCCUGAGAGGACUGGCUCAGCUACGACAGGGUUUACUACAGAAGCAGAGGGAGCUAGAGACAGACCUGAAGCGCCAUGACAACGAGCACCGGUCGCCCCCGACAACACGGUGACCUGUGGGUCGGGAUGAAGAAGUUUUAAUUCAGCAGGAAUAAAUACAGUCUCAUUGAUGACAGAGGAUCAAUCGCCAACUCGGUGGACAGUAAAUGUGCCAAAACGUGAUCUUCUGAGGGAUCUGAUCACAAGUGUCCAGCGUUGAGUGCGUCUGAACGGCUGUUUGUUGUGUGUGUGUGUGUCACGACUUGGGGACAUGAAACAUGUUGUUGAACCAUCUUUGAAGUCUCUCUCUCACUGGAAGCGCACACGUCAUGUUAGUUAUUUUAGAGACAGGGUUCUGUCAUAAUCUGGGCUUUAUCUAUAAGAUAACUAAAUGACUAAUAAACUAAUAAAUGAAUGAUAACUAUAAUAUUUUUGCUUUCACUGAGAGACAGAUUUCCCAGCUUGUUCCACAUUAAUAACAACAUCUGUUCCUGCUUCUGAAACAGUGAAAACAGCUGUUACACUAUUAUACUGUGUCACAAAAUUGUGUUUAUUUACAUACAGAAACUGUGUGGUGUCUUAUGUCAGCUGUACAUACUUGUACUUAACCUCCUGAGACCCAGCGUCCUCAUAUGGGGACAUUACGUUUUACAUUUGUAGCAGCUUAUCCUGCUUCGUCCUCAUAAGGAGAAACUUUUGUCUUGUUAGCAAAGGGUCAGUACACUUGUUUAUUUAUGUUUAUUAACUUUUCUAGUUUGAUAUGACAUGCAAAUUUAACAAAUUAACAAGUACUCGUUUGAGGACGUUGGGAUUUCAUCGUUUCCAGUUUUAUAUUUCGGUUCAAAUUGGUGACUUAAAUUGUCUUAAACACUGAAAUAAUCCCUGAGUCCACAUAAUUUCUUCCAAAACUACUUCCAGUUCAAAGAUGAUGCUUGUUUUUUUUUUGUCUUAAUCUAAUCUUAAAGACAUUAAGAUAAAUUCCAAACAAAUGGGUCUCAGGAGGUUAAAGCUGAGAUGGGAUUUUUCAGGAGACGUGUUGAAGUCUGAACAGGGUCCCAGUGUUUAGGCUACACAUGUUUUCACCUGGCCGUGUAAAUACAGACACUACUUUCCACUUUGCAAAUGUUACAUCACAACACGGCUGAAAUGGGAGCUGCCAUUUUGCACUGAUGACUAAUUUUCCAGGUCAUGAGGUUCACUAGUGAAUACAGCUAUUGUUCUGAUCAUUUUGGAGGAUGUUUGUAGUUUGUGGAGCUAUUGAACGUAGAUAGAAUUAAACACUAAUGUGUUUCUGUUAUUUAGCGUAGCCCACUAACAACAACGUUAAAAUAUUAGGAACAUGUGUCAGUUCAAUAUUACCACAAACCACGUCCUCCACAAUGAAAAUACAGAUGAAUCAACAGCUGUUUCCGUUAUUUAAACUUCAUGAAGACAUGUUUGAGUGAAGAACUGUCUGCUGGACUUUGUGAACACAUUGUGUUUGCUCAUAUUUGGUCCUGGAUAACACAACUCCACCCUCCAUCAUCUCAGUGUUCCCUUUAAAUCUGCUCCGUCUUUUUCUACCUCUCAAAAUUCAACACCAUCAAACAGACAAACGUUUCUCCUGCUGCUCACGGACUGAACUUAAGAGGUUGUGCAACACGCUGGGAAGACUUAAUUGUAAAGUUUGUUUUCAAUGCACUUUGUUUGAGAAUGUCACUGGACCAGUCUGUACAUAUUUCCUUUUACAGAGAAGCUCCAUCGACUUGUUUACACCAAGACUAAAUGUCCUUUUUUUAGCUUCUGCUGGUCGAGGAGUUUCUGUUUGUGUGUUUUUUAUUGUACUUUUUUAUUUAUUGUAAACAUAAUAAAUAAUGUGUUAGUGUUUUGAUUGA